GUUCGUAGUAGUUGGUUGUGUAUUGAUUUCAUAGAAAAUUAACAGUGAAAAUUACGAUUAAUAAUAUAAUUUCAUAAAUAAAAACUAAAAUGAGUUUAGAACUGGAAUUCGAUUACGAGGCCACUACCGCAGCAAUGGAUAUUUUUUCGCAAGAUCACAUAGAUACGUUAAAAGAUUGGACUCAAACUUUAGAUAAAUCGAAAUACAUACCAAAAGAUUUAACUAAUAAACAAUUACUGUUAUUCUAUAAUGCAUGUUAUGGUGAUGUUGAAAAGACGAAAAUCUGUAUAGAAAGAUAUUAUAAUCUUAGAAAGAAUACGCCUGAGCUGUUUGAUAAUCGAAUACUUUCGCUGGAUGAUAUGAAAACGUGCAUCGAGGCCUUAGAGUACUCCGUGCUUCCGGGCAAGUCGUGUAAGGGUUACGAUCUCAUCUACCACAGACUUCACCUCACUGAACCCUCCAAAUACAUCUUCGAGUCAGCAGCAAAAAUGCUCUUCAUGACUGUUGAUGCCUGUUUAUACAAACGAGGCCCACAACCGGGACAUAUAUUCGUUUUUGAUAUGCGUGGAGUCAAACUUGGACACAUAACACGUGUUGGAUUAUUCUUCCAAAAGGAUAAACAAAGGCCCUUGCGCAAGUUCUUUCAGUAUAUACAAGAAGCGAUGCCAGUUCGUAUGAAGUCAAUACAUGUGUUCAAUACGGAACCGGUUAUCGACAAAGUGAUGAUGCUCAUACGACCCUUUUUGGAUAAAAAGUUCUUUGAUAUGAUAAAGUUCCACGCCAAAGAGGAAGAUUUCGAGAAUUUCUAUGAAACUAUCAUUCCCAGAUCGUCAUUGCCUCCAGACCAUGGGGGCACUCUGCCAGACACGCAGACGUUACACAAAAAAUGCAUGCAACAACUUAAAGCAUUAGAACCACAUUUCGCAGCCGAAGAACAACAACGAAUUAAUGCGCUUCCUGACAAAAAGCGGGAAAAACAUAUGGAGAGAGCAUUUAAGAAUCUCGACAUUGAUUAGUAUUCAACGAUCUUUCAAUGUCAACUGUCAAGUUUAAGUUUUGCCGUAAAUCUUAUGUUGAGCUGAGGGAUUUUACUACCUAGGGAACUGUUUAAUAAAAAAAAAACAAAUCAAAUCUUGCCUAGCUUUUAUCUUCUCACAUUGAACAAUUAUAAAGACAGGCGCAGAAAAGUCUUCAAUAGAUACUGAGACUGGUAUACUCAGUCAAUUAAAUUUCAAAUUACAAUUAAUUCUUCUAUACCUUUGAAGUCAUACAUAUGUAGAUGGAAUUUAGGAAGUACACACGCUGUAUAUAAUAAAGUCGUACUAAGGUAGAAGAUUAAAUUUUCAUGUUAUCGUCAAGCUUGUGCUUAAUUAGAAUACAGCAUUUUUAAUAUUAGCUCACGAUAAAACUUUCAGUAAAUAAAAAAUAUGGUAGACCAAAUUGUCAUUGAAUAUAUAUUUAGAAAUGUAAAAAAAAAUAUUCCAAACGUACAACGUUGAUGUCAAUUAUAGUUUGUGAUUUGUAUAUUUUUAAAAAUACACAUUUCAAAAACAAGAUGAAUUAAAUACAUUCGAUUGUAGAUUUUUAUUAAUCGUAAUGUUUAGAGCGAUAUUUUCAAAAUUAUCUAAUUCAUUCAUUAGAAUUUUAUUCCUUAAUAUAAAAGUGAUAUUAAUGUGAUAAAAUAUUUAUGUACCAGAAAAUAUAACGAAAUGAAUAUUUCUGAAAUAUGAGUAAUAUAUAAAUUUUGUUAAUAUAAUAUAUUUUAAAUAUGCAAGCAUAAUAUUAGAACGCGUUAGACCAUGCAUGAUAACAUUGUUAGGUAUUAAAUGUUAUAAACUAUCUCUUGUACUUACAUGCAGCCCUUAUUAAUAACUAAUUAAAUUGAAACUUAAUAGUAUUUGAUUCUUACCACAAGAUUUUGAGUCAUACUUAGCGCUACGUCACGACUUAAAUCUUAGCGUUACGAUAUUCUUAGAUAUAUUCCUGCGUAAAAUUAAAUGUUCAGUUAGACGCCUGAACUCAUUGUUUGUCGUACUUACAAUUUACAGGCAUUAACUGUAUUUUUUGUUGUUCUCUGUUCCUUUUUUUUCGUUCGUCAAUAAGAUCACGCUCCGCAUAGAAAUAGUUAUUUUAUAUGGUACGGUAUAGAUAAGAGUGGUGUUUGUACUAAUUCAAUUUGCGGAGCUAUCUAAUUGAUAUCACAUGCUAAUAUAUUGAUUAAUGUUUUUCAAUCCCGCACCACUCUUAAUUUGCUACCUAAACCAACCGUGCUUUUGUGUCUAUUCCGUGUGCUCAGCAUAGAUUUUCUAGAAUAUUUGUAUUAGUAUGUGAAAUUUUAAAUUAUUAAAUUAAUUAAUUUAAAAAUUAGCGACGCUGUAUAAGUACCCGCGCUGUCUUGUAUUGAGAAUAUAAAAUGUAGUAAUCUUUUAUACUAUCCAUGACAUGUACCGACUAGUUUGCCUAUUAUGUUUUUAAGUAUUAUGUAGUCAGUGUGACUGUGUUUAAUAAUUAAGUCAAGUAUGGUGGGGGUUUGUUGAUAUUUGUAAAUUAUUAGUUUGAUUAUGUACUGGGAACCAGGUGAUGUUAUGUACUUUUUAAUAGUUUAAAUAAAAAUUUCAUUAUUUUUUUUGUUGCA